AUCUAAAAAAGGCCCUUAAAACUAGGAGAGAAAGAAUUAUGUCGAAUAUUCGCCGGUUAGGGCUAGAAGACGACAACGGUGGAUUCUCUCCAAACAAUGAUCGUUCUUUGGAAGAACAGUUAUCUACAAUACUCUCUCCAUCGCAAAAGGCGGCGUUGGAAUUGCUAGUGAUCCGUACUUAUAGGAAUCAGAUUGAACCGGAGAUUGAAGCUUUGAUCCGAAGAAUUGUGAGAGAUUAUGUCAGCUCUUUCCUUGUGGACAUACAAACGAGGAUUCCUGCCAAUGUAAUGAAUCCCUCCCAUUGUCGAACCUUGCUACUUCGUUUCAUGAACAAACUUCCUAAACAAGUAUGGACGGGGUCAAAAGUCGAGGGAGAAGAUGGAAAUUGCAUUAAAGUCGCAUUGGUUGAUGAAGUGACAGGGGAAAUUGUCAAGUCUGGUCCUGGGGCUUCAGCACGCACACGAAUAAUGAUGAUUGAUGGCAAUUAUACGGGUGAGAAUGAUUUGAAUGAAAAGAUCAAUGAGGCAAACAAAAGAACAGAGCUACGUCUUAAAGGAGAUGCAUUCUUAUCUCUCAAGGAAGGGAUUGGCUGCAUCGAUAAUCUCCAUUUUGUGCAUGAGAGAACAUGGUUUAACAAAGGCACGUUUGUUUUUGUGGCUACACUAGUGGAUAAUAUUGAUGCGAUUAAGGUGAAAGCAGCUGUAAUGGAACCGUUCACCAUCAAGGAUCAUCGCAACUCAUUGUAUAAGAAGAAAGAAAUACCAUCUUUAGAUGACUUUAUUUGGAGGCUAAAAAAAAUUAGUAGAGGAAGCCCUGUUUACAAGUUCUUGGAGAAAAGUAAUAUAACAACACUUCUCACUUUUCUGAGAGAAUUGAACUUGAACCCUGAAAGGCUUCAACAAAUCGUUGGCGCUCACAUGACUGAUAAAGCGUUUAAAGCAACAGUAAGCCAUGCUGAGAAGUGUGAGUUCGAUAGGGAAAAGUUUUACAAAUGCAAUGAUGUAGUCUUCAAUAUUGUUGGAGAAAUCGUGGGUGGUUAUUUCAAAGGUGACUUUCUUCGUUUUGAUGAAUUUAAUGACCAUAACAAGGUUAUUGCUCGAAAUACUGUGUUGUAUGCGUUUGAACAUGGGAAUUAUUUUCGUCAUACAAUUAAUAGCAACACUGUUUCCAAUCAGAUGAUCUCAUCUGUUAAUCCCCAGAUUGGAGAUAUACCGGGUCCAUCCUCUGUUACAGAUUUUGAUUUAGAGAGUAUCUUUUUCCAUAUUGAUACGAUUUCAAGAAUUGCUCAGGAAAGAUGGAAAAAUUUGUAUAGACUGUUCAGGAGGAGAAAUGUUGUUGUUUCAGAGUUCGGUAAUGAUAAUAAUAAUGCGCAGAAAAGGCAAAGGAUCUGCUAAUGAUUUGGUCUGGCUCAUUUUCAGGCCUUGUUUAGAGCUGAUUAUGACCAAAACCCUCAAUAAAGAGUGUAAAGAUUAGAGACAGAAGAGUGUUCUUCGGCUAACGACUUUACGACUCUUUAAGUAGGAUUUUGAUUAGACUGGAUUCGAAACAAGACCCCUUAGUGUAUUAUAAGAUUCUUGUAUGCUCGUAGCCUCCUCAAUGGCUAUAUAUGUUAGUGCUAAUCGACGCCAGAUGGCUAUAUUAGUGCUAAUCUAUGUUAGCUAAAUAGGCUAAUUGUUUCUUUCCCAUUCAUUGCAAAUAUUUGAUAGUGUGGUUUGUUGUUGUAUAAUAGUUAAUAUAAAUUUGGCCAUUUUUGUUUUUGA